GUUGCAGCGGGGUGAGCUGGCAGAGGGGCGUGCGAGUCUCCUUGGCGCUGUCCCCGGCCUAGCAGCCUUGAGCCGCGAUGGGUGGCGGCGGGAGCAGCGCCCGGCGCGUCACCUUCGAGGCGGAUGAGAACGAGAAUAUCACGGUGGUGAAGGGCGUGCGGCUGUCUGAGAGUGUAAUUGAUCGUAUGAAGGAGCCUUCUUCAUCCACUGCAAGGCCACAGUUUCAGCGACGAUCAGCAUCUGGUGACCAUGGCUUGCUCGGAGGUGAUGCAGUUAAUGAAGAAGAACUAAAGAAAAGAGUAACUGAAGAAUUGGCAUUGGAACAAGCCAGGAGAGAGACUGAAGCUCAAAAAAGAUUGAAACAAGAUCAAAAGUAUGUACGUGAUGAAAUUGGCAAAGUUCUGGAGCGGGAGCGGGCUGCUUCAAAUGAGCAUUUGACUAGAGCCAUUCUUAGAGAGAGAGCUGCGACAGAGGAGGAACGCCUGAAGACACAGCAUUUUGAGAUAGAAAUAAAGGCCAAGCAGCUGGAAGAGAAAGACAGAGAACUAAAGAAGCAUGAUGCAUACUACAAAGAGCAGCUGGCUCGACUGGAAGAGAGGAGUGCACAGUUCUACAAAGUAACCACGGAGCAAUACCAACAAGCUGUCAAAGAGGUGGAAGCUAGGUUCAAGCGAUAUGAGUCUCAUCCAAUCUGUGCUGAUCUGCAGAGUAAGAUUCUCCAAUGUUAUCAGCAAAACUCCCAUGAGACCCUCAGCUGCUCUGCACUGGCCAGCCAAUACUUUCAUUGCGUCAAUCAUGCCAAACAGCAGAGCCUGCUUGGUAGAGGAGGGUAAGGCGACAUCCAAAUCAAGCACAAAGCCAUCAACUCUAAUUCCAGCAGCAGAGCAUUUUUUCCAAGAAGAUGACAGCCCAUUUACAGAGCAGACCAAUAAAGAAGAACGGGAAGAACCAUUUCGAGAGCAGCAGCCAUCACCGUUCAAUCAGCGUGGCCGUUUGAAAAGCUAAGACCUGUAUCUUAUCACAUCAGAAAUGAUACAUCCGAGGGUGCUGUUCAGUCGUCGUCAAACUCACUUACUGGUGACUGAAAAAAGGUAAAGAAAAAAUAUCUUCCAUUGACCUUAGAGGAGGGGGAAAUGUCUCCGAACGCUGCUAUUUCACUGUAGAAUCUGCUCAGUGACUCCGUGCAGUCAAAUCCAGGGGCAAGUAAUGCCUAGUGUCCCAGGGUAGGGUGACACUCUGUGAACUGGCCAACUACUACUCCACACUGUAGGGCCUGUGUUGACUGCUGGCUGUUAAGAACUUUUCCUUUUUAUAUGCACUUGAAGGAAUGUUUGCUUAACUUAUUACAAAGAUUAUGUAACCAAAAGUCCCCCUCUUCCUCGCCAUGCUCUCUGCUGGAAUAAUGUUAAAUACUUCAAGGGUGCAAGGUGUAAAAUGGCCUUGCAUUACAUUCUGUCGGUAACCUAUGAUCAUGUCGUGCUACCAGCUGUCAUCAAGUAUUGAAAAUGAUGUCUCACUCUGUAUCAACAAUAAAUAUAUUUUGUGAACAGAA